AUUGAAAUGUCAUCGCUUGACUGGUACUAUCUCAUCCACAAAGGUCCAUAAUUCCACACAAGUAUGAAAUCGCUAAAUCAACUAAAUCAGACCAACUUUGAAGCUAAUCAAUCAGGCAAAAACAUGGCGAAGUCCUCUCAAAAGCCACAUGCAAUUAUGAUUGCACUUCCAUUUCAAGGUCAUAUUAACCCUUCUGUGAAUCUUGUUAUGAAACUUGCUUCAAAGGGUUGUGCCAUCACUUUUGUCCACACAGAGUUCAUACACCAAAUGCUGUCCAAAUCCCAGAACUCCAGCAGUGAACUUGAUUUGUUCGCUGAAGCACGUGAAUCGGGUCUUGACAUUCGUUAUACAACAAUUUCUGACGGUUUUCCUGUGGAAUUCGAUAGAUUUCUGCACUCGAAUGAGUACUGGGAAUCCAUGUUGAGAGAUUUCCCAGCUCGUGUUGAUGAAUUUGUUGGGAAAAUAAUCCGGUCUGAUCCCCAGUCAGCUUAUUUUCUUAUUGCUGAUACUUAUUACACUUGGCCUGCAACAAUUGCCAGGAAACAUAACCUGGUGGAUGUAUCAUUCUGGACAGAACCAGCAUUAGUUUUUUCGAUAGCUUAUCACUUGGACCUUCUUAGAGAAAAUGGUCAUUUUCCUUGUAAAGACAAUAUUGAGGAGAACCUAAAUUACAUACCCGGCGUUUCUUCCAUAAAUACAAGGGACUUGAUGCCAUUCCUUAAAGAAUCUUCCAGAACAACAAUGGAGCAAAAGGUUGUAGUAAAGAUAUUUGAUGUCGAUGAACAAGUGAAGAAAGCAGAUUUUAUCUUACAAAACACUGUUCAAGAACUAGAAUUUGAGGCUAUAUCAGCUCUAAACCAAAAGCAGCCAAUUUACCCAAUUGGCCCUAUAAACUUUUCAACCGGUUUUACCAAACCAGCCAUUUCUCAGAAUUUAUGGGCUCAAACAGACACUAAAACAUGGCUCGAUUCAAAGCCUUCCAGCUCGGUUUUGUACGUGUCAUUUGGCAGCCUUGUUCAGACUAGUAAGCAGAUAAUUCAAGAAAUAGCUCACGGACUUCUCCUUAGCAAAGUAAGUUUUCUUUGGGUGGUUCGAAGUGAUAUUGUGAACUCUAAUGAUACUGAUGUUUUGCCCCUUGGAUUCGCGGACGAUAUCAAAGAUCAAGGGUUGAUUGUUCAAUGGUGCAAUCAAAAUAUGGUGCUUUCGCAUCCGGCCAUUGUAGGGUUCAUGACACAUUGUGGAUGGAAUUCAGUAUUGGAAAGCAUAUGGUGCGGUGUACCAAUGAUUUGUUAUCCAUUAUCAAGUGAUCAACCUACUAAUAGGAAAUUAGUGGUUGAUGAUUGGAAGAUCGGAAUUAAUCUCUGCGAUGGAGAAUUAGUUACAAGGGAAGAAGUUGUAGAGAAGAUUGACAACUUGAGGAGUGGAACAAUUUCAGAUGGAUUAAAGAUAGAGAUCAAGAAAGUAAGAACAAUACUGCAAAAGGCUUUGGCAGUAGAUGGAUCAUCGGAGAAAAAUUUUGAUCAAUUCAUUAAAGAUUUGAAGGCUAAAAUUCAUGUUAAAAUGCAAGAUAUAUCAACAAGCUAGGCAUGCUAGUGAUUACAAGUUUUGUUUUCCCUUUUCCUAGUUGAGGACUUGGGAACUAUCUAUCAUCGUUCUUAUAAAACACUCCAUGAUGGAAAUAAAUAAACAUGAAAGCAGAAUGUUACUUAUGUUAGAAUAUACUAGUUAUUUAUCUAUAAAGGUCUUUUUGCUUAUUUGCUAGCAAGAUUAAAUAAAGCUUAUUCUAUUUAUUUUCAUUAUGCAAUUGAACAAGAAA